ACCUGUGUAGCUCGCAUCAAAGAUGGCCGCAGCCAACACCGGGUCUGGCUAUCCUCCGCAAGGCGGACAAGGUGGCUAUCCCGGCCAGCAGCAAUACCAACCCUAUCCAGGUGCGCAGGGUGCCGGUGCUCCCGGGGUAAGCAGAAAAGCUCUCCUUUCAUCUCCGUUCUCGCUUGCUCUGCAUCGUCAUCGCCCUCGAAUACCCGCCACCUGCACCUAGUUCACGCAAGCAUUUUACCUGUCUCCACUUUGCUUUGGAUUCCGACACUGCUUGAACCACGCCCACUUCGGCCUCCUACCGCCACACUUUGUCCCUCUACCUAGCCACAGAUGCCUCUAUCGAGCAAGAUGUCAAACUACAACGCCUACCAGCCUUCUUACCCUGGCCAGGCCCCUAAUCCCUACGCGCAACAACCAGGCGGCCCUCCUAUGCCACCUCGUCCUAAUUCCCAGGCCCCACCACAGUCCCCAUUUGCACAAACCCCAAAUCCAAGCGCAUAUGGAACAUCGUCGCCAUACCCUCAAGGACAGUCGGGAUACAACAGGCCUGCCCCACCGCCACCAGGCCAACAACCUCAGUCUCCAUACCCCCAGUCCCCGUACCCAGGGCAGGCGCCGCAAAAUCAAUACAACCAACCAACUACUCCUCAGCCAUACGGACAGCAGCAGCCUUACGCACAGCAGAAUCAGUGGGGCCAACCACAGCAACAGCCCUAUGGUCAACCACAAACCCCUUAUGGCCAACCACAGCAACAGCAAUACGGCCAACCUUACGGCCAGGCACCCUCUUAUGGUGGACAACCAGGACAACCCCAGCAAGGACAGUAUGGAGCUCCCCCACCUCAGGGCGGAUAUGGAGGUGCUCCCGCUCCUCAACAGGUCCAGGCUGGUCCUGCUGAAGUAGCGGCCUACAAGCAGUUAUUGCAAGCUUGCGUCCAGGAGAAGGGACUGCAGAACUUCUACCCGCCAAACUCUCCGAUUCUCGAUCAGAUCGCUCAACAAGCGCCUGGAAAGAUCAACCAGGUUAUUUCGCGCUGGCGUGUCGCCAAGGAAAUUGCCAAUGACGUUGUCAAGCUAGCUCUGUACGACAUCGUGUUGUAUAUCGAUGACAGUGGCUCCAUGCAGUUCGAGGAGGAAGGUAGCCGUAUCAAAGACUUGCGCCUUAUUUUGGACCGAGUCUCUUUCGCUGCCACGCUUUUCGACGCGGACGGUAUCUCCCUUCGUUUCAUGAACACCGACCUUUCAGGCGCACGUGACCAGCAAGGCCGACCCCUCCAGGAUGGCGUAGCUUCUGAGGGUCAGAUCGAAGAAAUCAUGCGUGGUGUUCAGUUCAAGGGCCUUACACCCAUGGGCACUUCUCUCCGCAAGAAGGUCAUUGACGAGAUAGUACUCCAAAGGGCUGCUGCUGGGCAACUGAAGAAGCCAAUUCUAGUCAUCGCCAUUACCGAUGGCCAGCCUGCGGGUGAACCGCAGAACGCAGUGUUUGAUACUAUCCGAUACGCUUUCGAUACCCUUCAGCAACGCUUCCCUCAGUAUGGCCGCGGUGGUAUUGCUUUCGAAUUCGCCCAGGUCGGAAACGAUGAGAUGGCGAAGAAGUUCCUUGCCAAGCUUGAUGAGGAUCCGCAGAUCGGUCCCAUGGUGGACUGCACUUCCAACUUCGAGAAUGAGCAGGAAGAGAUGUCGCGCGCUAACCCGCCCGUUGACCUCACCCCUGAUCUCUGGAUCCUUAAGCUCCUUCUCGGUGCUAUCGAUCGCAGCUACGACUCCAAGGAUGAAAAGACCAACCCAGCACCCGGUGGCUAUGGCGCUCCUCCAGGUGGUCAAUAUGGUGGUCAGCAGGGCUACGGACAGCAGCCGCCUCCAGGCCAGUAUGGCGGUGCUCCUCCCCAGGGCCAGUAUGGUGCCCCCCAGGGCCAAUAUCCUCCUCAAGGACAGGGUCAGUAUGGCGCGCCUCAAGGUGGUCAAUAUCCUCCUCAGGGUCAAGGUCAAGGCCAAUACGGUGCACCACCGCCGGGUCAAUACCCGCAGCAAGGCCAGUAUGGCCAACAGCGACCUCCACAGGGCGGCCCUCCUCAGGGUGGCCCAGGUGGAUACCCAGGGCAGCAGCAGUAUGGCCAGCCGCCCCAGGGUGGUCGGUACUAGGACUACUAGACUAGGUUGCUUUGUAUCCUUAACAGGAUCACUCGAUCAACAAAUGAAUUGUGGAGGCAUAUUGAGGUUUCGAAGGGCUCUACUGUGAACUCUUCACUUGAUUGAUGGGGUAUGCUCUAUGAUCGCAGUACCACACAGAAUGGCAAAUUCUCAACGAUACUAUAGUAAUCAAUGAAUGCAUCAGUCUCCCGCCCAAAAUAUGC